ACUUAUUUAAUGCGGUCUCAAUUGUUCAGCAACGUGAACCAAACCCUACAUAUCAUUUUCAAUUCAACUUGCAAAUACCCAAUUUCACUUGUCUCUCUCCCCAUAUAUACACACAUUAAGUUAGUGGUUGAGAAGAGAAAAGUAUAGUGGGGCGAAUGGAGAAGAUAAAGCCAGAGCUGAGAAUAUUUGAAAGCAGUGAAGAGCUGUCGUCAAACCUUGCUGACUAUGUGCUUCAAGUUGCUGAAUCUGCUGUGAAAGAAAGAGGCUCUUUUUCUCUUGUUCUCUCUGGAGGAGACAUACCAAUUCGUUUAGGGAAACUGAGCAAGGCACCAUAUGUGAGACUAGUGGAGUGGUCGAAAUGGCAUGUAUUUUGGGCAGAGGAAAACGUAGUCCCUAAGCGACACCCUGAUAGUUACUAUUGGCAAGCCAUGCAAUGGUUUAUCUCCAAGGUUCCUUUACUGCCAGCACACGUUAACCCAGUGAGUCCCGGACUAUCAGGCGAGUCAGCGGCCAAUAGCUAUGAGUUUACCAUCCGACAACAACUCAAAAGUCGAACGGUCCAGGUUUCCCGAUCAACCGACUGUCCCAGAUUCGAUCUUAUCCUUCUAUCUCUAGGGUCCGGAGGCCACGUGGCGUCUCUAUACCCCAAUCAUCCGGUGCUGGAAGAAGAGUCUCAGUGGGUAGCUUGCGUUUCCAAGGACGAGUCAUGCGAGAGCGUCACCCUCACUCUCCCCGUCAUCAACGCAGCUGCCAACGUGACCAUCGUGGCUUCUGGGUUGGAUACCGCCCGUCCUUUCAUGGAUACUAUGGUGGGUCGGAAGCCCAUUCGAUCGCACCCGGCCCAAAUGGUCUUGCCUCGAGAUGGAAACCUCGUUUGGUUUGCAGAUGCUUCGGCUGCUUCCUUGUUCCUACGUGCCAAUGAACCUUACGGCACGUCAGCUACCGACACCUAACCUCAACUGUUAUUUGCUCACCAAAAAUACACCCUUAAGCCUUAAUUUGGAAAUGUUUUAAGCAUUUAGCACUUAUUAGUUAUUAACAUCAACAUGAUGUUGAUAAAAAUAUUUUUCUGAUUAACACUUUUAUCUUUAUUUUAAGUUAAUAUAUAAUAUUCAGAUAAGUUGUCCAA